AUGACCGGUAAGUGGUCGUGUAAGUCGUGUAAGGUGGAUCGUUCCUCCUCCCUGUCCUCUGGGUGGGGGUGGUUGGUAUUACCUGAAUAGAGGUGUGAAUGGCUGCACUUUCAUUCAUUUCAGGUGCAAUUCUAGUCCAGCAACACCCUGAGGCAGAAACUUGUCCACCCUAAGGACAAGAUUCCUAGAGACAAACAGAGUAAUGUGGUGUAUGCAGUCCUAUGCAACGAGGAAUGCUCCGACCUGUACAUUGGGGAAACAAAGCAGCAUCAGACAACAUCAGGUCAGGCAGUUCACCUCCACCUGAAGGAGAAGGGCCACUGGUUUGAGAGAGGGGUGAAUGAAGCCAUCCAUGUCAGUCGGGAUAGACCAUCUUUGAUGCUCUGCCCAGAAAGUGCAACAUUCAAAAAUGAUUAAUAUUUUUGCCUUGCAAGUAAAAGGUGUUGUGGUAAAAAUGUUUAGCUGCAGGGAACGUACCGUACAGUAGAUGGCAGUGAUGCAACUAAAAAAAUGCAGGGCUGCUGUUAAAAAUCAAAGAGGAGGGGGGUUUAGCAGGAUGUUCAGUCAAGCACCAUCAGUGUAAGAAUCUGAAUAAAUGUGAAUUGAAAUUUUUGAAAAUAAAUAAAUAAAUACAUUUUCUAUGUGCCGUAUUUAGGUCCUACAUCUCUACAAAUGGUUUUCCCAACUGAGAAUCCAUUCUUCAUACGAUUCAGGGAGAUCUGGGAGAACAUGUAAACCCCAUAGAGAAGGAUCUACCAGGGAAUGGACCAGUGAACAAGUGCUCUCCUGGCUGUGAAGGUAAGCAUUCUAAUAAGAUUAUCUGCUUCGUGGCCCCCAUGGCUUGACACGUUUUUCUUGUUUAAAUCAUACUCCUUCCAGAAUAACAACAUCUGUCUUAGAACGUUUUGACUGUAUCCUUGUAUACCCUAGAGCUGGAAAGACAAAGUCUGUUUGAGCAUAAGUUACAGCAUGGUUUCCCAAAGACUGGGUCGCGAUCCUCAUGUGGGUCGCAAAAGGUUUUAUUUGGGUUGUCUCGCAUCACAUGACGUUUACGGAUAAUAUCUAUUGAAUUGUUGUGAAGGUUUGUGACUUUUAAAAUAUGGGUCCCCAGAAAAACAGUUUGGGAAACACUGAGUUACAGUAUACUGCAACCCUACUGGGUUAGUGCACUGGGCUGCAAGAAAAAGACAGCAGAGACAGAACUUCUUGAUUUGGACAAAUCGGAGGCCAUCUGCUUGUGGCCAAACUCUUAAAUUUAAAAAGCUCUGGUAAAUUUGGGAGUUCCCUGACCAAAACCAGUGACAAAGUGAGAACCAUGUCAGCAGCUCUUGAUAAUGAGUCAUACCCAUGGGGGAGGAAGAAGAGUUUCCAGACCAAAUAACCGCUUGUGUUGAAAGUGAGAAGUGGAGCUCAGCACAUGGCAGAGGUGUCUGAGAAAAUGACAAGGUGUAAGACUCUCCCAUUCAACUACAACAGAAUAGUGCAAAAUAGUAUAGUGAACAUGACGCCCAUGUCUCUUAUAUGAGUGAGAGGAAAAAUGUUUUUGUGGCUUUAACAAAUGGAAAGUUCACUCUGGCGAAUGAAGGAAAAAUUGCAGACACACCUGACAACUGACCUCCCCCAGGUGUCUGUGGGGGCUCUAGGCUGGGGGGAGGAGGGAGGGAGUAUAUCAAAGGAAAGAUAAUGACGAAUGCUGCUGACGGAACCAAAGUCUAAGACGUCUAAGGUAACAAUAAGUAAUAAGUUCUGUAUUAACUGAAAUUUAAAGAUUUCCCAAUGGUAAAGAGAGAAACGUAUAUUAUUCAGAAUUGAAAGUUUAUUAUAAGUAUGAUAACAGUAAACAGUAUUUUUAACAAAAACAACAAAAUAUUUUUUUUCUAUAUAGUAGAAAUAAAAAAAAAAACUAAUAAAAUCGGGUAGAUGCAUGUUUUUAUUUGCGACUAAUACAUAUGAUGCAGUUGUUAAUAUCAAUAUAUAUAUAACUUAAUCUUCAUAAAGUUUGUGUAAUCUUAAAUCUUUAUGUAUCUUGUGUAGUUUAUCAAUUUGGACAAGUCCAAAUAAAUAUUCUUUAGUAAAAUUAAAUGUCCCAACUCUAUCUGUUAGGUCAACCUUCAGUAUUUCAGAAGUUAGUGUUUACCCAGUAACAUAUCGUAUCAUAGAUUCUUGUUAUUGUUUUUAAACAGUUGAACUCCUGUAACUGUAUUCAUCGAUGUGAUGAGAAACUGAUGCAGCUAAAACUACCAUUCCUCUAGAAAUCACAGUACAGCUCUUUAUUUUGAGAAUCUUUUUUAAAAUAAUUUUUAAGUUUAAAGUUCAAACAGAACUCUCUCCCUGUAACAACCACAGACAGUGAACGUCUCACUGUCGUUAACCAGCCUGACACUGUUGCUACAAAUUCCUCCCUAAAAAUUGCAUUGAGUCAGGGGCCACGCUGCAGCCAUGGGAACAGUGUCGCUUGAUGAAUACCUGUGGGGCCUCAAGGGGGGGUUACACAGGUACACGUCUUGUUUUUCUCUUAGCUUCAUUGAUUAGAUCUAGGAAAGAACGACAGUUGCCAUGGGUGUCUCACCUGUGGAAUUAAUUAUUGCAUCUAAAAUAGAGUGUGGCUCACUUAACCUCUGCUCAUUUCCCAAUAAACAAGCUGAGCCACAGCAUCUCUCCUCACAUCAGUACGGGACUCUAACCAGGAAGUUGCGAAAGCUCUUUGCUCCUGCUCUCCGGAGAAAAAUGCCGAGCCAACUUGAAGGUGCGAUGGAUGCGCUGAUCUCAGUUUUCUACAAUUACUCUGGAAACGAUGGCGAUAAGUACAAGCUCAACAAGGGCGAGUUGAAGCAGCUAUUGAACAGCGAGCUCAACGACUUUCUCACGUCCCAGAAGGAUCCGAUGCUGGUGGAGAAAAUCAUGAAUGACCUGGACUCGAACAAAGACAACGAGGUGGAUUUCAAUGAGUUUGUGGUGUUGGUGGCUGCACUCACUGUUGCAUGCAAUGACUUCUUUCAGGAGCAGAAAAAGAAAAAUAAGUAGUAAAAAAAAAGAGCUUGGGAAAAAAUGUAAUUUAAAUCUACUGUAAAUCUCCACCAUCAUAUAGGAUUAAUGUAAUUCAAACAUAAAAGCAAAUCAGAUAUACAUAAAGCUAACAUGAGAAAUGAGUAUUGAGUAGUUCCCUGCAUUCAGAUUAAUGACAGGAUCAUUUAAUUACCCCCAACACUCAAUUACACAGU